CCGUAUUUUGAACAUAAAUACGUUUCAGCGUCGACGAGUGCUCAGAUCAGAGGCAGGCCGAGGAGCCGGAGGACGCCGUCGCUGCAGCAGCCCAGCCACCCGGGAUGAAGUAACCCGCCGGAUCAGUCGCCGCGGUUCACUCGCUCUUUCAGGAUAUGCAGUCUUAGUUCAACACGGUUCGCAGCCGCCGUAGUUAGCCCCGCUCGCGCCGCGUCUCCAGCCGUUACCUCAAACAUACUCUCGGUCGGUGUCCAGAGUAAAAUGCAGUCGAGUUUCAGCCCCGCCAGCCCGGUCGGCGCUAGGCCCCACGACAUCCGCGGGCUCUCCUCUCUCCCGGACCUGAGCAGCGGCGCGCAUCGCCGGUCUCUGUUCACCGCCGAGGCCGUGCUCUCGCCCGUCACCAACCUCGCCAUGGACAUGGACAACCUGAUAGGACUCGGAAGCCACUGCAACACUCCGAACAGGAAGCGACAUGCGCUGCUGGAGAAGGUUCCCUCGUUCGCCUCUGACGUCUCCUCUGAUGCUGGCCUCGGCCAAGAUCUCCCCAGCCCUGUUGACUCUGAAGUCGAGGACUCUUUUGAGAAAUCCAUCCAACACUCAAGCAGAGUUUUUAACGAAAGGAUGCCACUCAGAAGAAACAGUUCACUGCCGCUUCAGCUCCAGUGCUUCAGUCCGCCACUGAAGGGACAAGAAACGCACGCUCAGCGCUACGGGCGAUUCGGACAGAAGCCUUCACACUUGACUCUGCCGUCGAUUUCGCAGCAGGAAGAUAAAGAAAACAUGGCAGAGGAGGGAUUUGAAUUCAAGAAACCGACCCGACCCGUGUCUCGCUGUCGAGGCCGCUCCUUCAACAACGACCACACAAAGGAGGCGUUCGCCCAGCGCCCGUCCUCGGCACCGGCCCUCAUGCUUUCAUCUCCCACUCUGGUGCAGCAGCUGGUCUUCUGCGACUCCAGCCCCGAGUUCCUCAGACGCUCCUCUCUCACCUCCUCGCUCAACGACGACGAUGGCUUCCUGGAGGUCCUGGAUGACAACAUGGAGAACGAUUCCAUGCCGAUGGGAAUGGCGAGUUUGCUCACGGCGCCGCUGGUGGACAGCACCCUCGACGAUUCUCCUGUGAUCCGCUGCCGGCCCCGGAGUCUGUUCCGCUCGCCCUCCAUGCCCAGCCCGGCGUCCCGCACCGCCAUGAAACGCUCCGACUGCACCCGAGACGAAAACACGCCCGUCCGAGUGAAGCGGCGCCGCAGUCUGGCGGAGGUGCAGGUGUCUUCUGUGGACAUGGCCGCGGAGUCUUCUCAGAUGGUCUGCUCCCCGCUCCAGAGGUCCAGAUCAUCAGCAGAUAUCGAGGAGCUGCUGGAUCGAGGAGACAAUUCUGGCGAUCUGAUCGGAGACUUCACCAAGCCCUUCCUGCUGCCCACUGUGGACGGAAAACACCAGGACCUCAAGUACAUCACCCCUGAAACCGUGGACGCUGCCCUGACUGGAAACCUGGACCAUGUGGCGGAGCGAGUCAUCAUCAUCGACUGUCGCUACCCGUAUGAGUUUGAGGGCGGACACCUCAAGGGAGCCCUGAAUCUGCACCUGGAAGAACAGGUCCAUGACUACUUCUUCAAGCAGCCCAUCAAGGCUUCGUCCCCGGAGCAGCGCAUCGUCAUCAUCUUCCACUGCGAGUUCUCCUCGGAGCGUGGCCCCCGAAUGUGCCGCUACAUGCGCGAGCAGGACCGCACCAUGAACGAGUACCCCAACCUCCACUACCCGGAGCUCUACGUCCUGAAGGGCGGAUACAAAGAAUUCUUCCAACACUUCCAGGUGCGCUGUGAGCCCCAGUCCUACCGACCCAUGCUCCACGAGGACUUCAAAGAAGACCUGAGGAAGUUCCGCCUGAAGAGUCGCACCUGGGCGGGCGAGCGCAGCAAGCGGGACAUGUACAGCCGCCUGAAGAAGCUGUGAGUUCCCCCAAGAAUCCCUUCGCUCCCUCCGUUCAAUCAAGACCCUCGCUGGGGGUGGGAUUCCAAUCACAUGACCAAGCCAGACAGGACCAGGGUGUUUUUGUUGCGACAGUUUCCUUCGCCAAACGAAUGUGAAGAGACCGGUGGCCCGGUCUGGUCACGUCUUCCACUAUGCAGAUUGACCGCGGGUGUGACAGACUCUUGUGCAGUGACAGAUUUUACUCUGAAAACCACUUGGACCUUGUUUUUUUUUUGCAAUGGAAACGUUUGCGACCUUCCUAACACCAUCAUCGUCUCACCGCCGACCGCUCACUGGAGGUUUUUUUUUUUCUUUUUUCUAACUUUAUUUAAGCACUUAAGUUAAAUGUUCAGAGAUGGUGCUUUAAAAUUCAAUUUUACUCCCUUUGAUGUGUUGAUGCGCCUUUAUUCAGGCCUCCCAACAGUCGCCUCCGGCAUGUGACUGCCGCAGUGGUUCGCUUUCAUCUUUUGAUUUUUGUUUUCCCCCCUCCUUUGGUCUGAAGCCAACCAAAGCAAACGCGUUACCUUUAAACUGGCGGUGAGAUUUACAGUCGGGUGCAGCAAGUGUGAGGUUAUUACUUUCACUUUUGUUUUGCUUUGAGUCCAAACAUUUCCAUUGAUGUUUGUUUUCGAGUAAGUGGGAUGUUUUCUAUCUGGUGCCUGAAAGCUGCUCGAAUAAAGAUGCAAUGUUCGUUGGAAUAUGAUGUGAGAGGUGUGUU